CCCCGUCGCGCGCGCGCGCUCACGCGCACACGCUCACUUCAGCAGCGGUAUGGCAAGCCGUUCCGAUUURUGACCCCAACGGCUUGCCAUACARCGRAGCCUCCAAUCGGAACCAGAACCCGGAAGCUGCCCCGGCUCGGACACGGAGCGCUCUGCCGGAUUUCAGUCUUUCUUAGCCGCAGUCUAGGCCGUGGUUCGGGGUGACUUCAGCAGCAAACCGACCGUCAUGUAGCCGGGGAGAGACGCCGGAAGCGAGCGCUGCCGCCGCCUGGACCGAGAUUUCCGCCGGAGGAAAGCGGGCUCGGUCCGCUCGGAGGUUCUGGAAACUUUUAACAGUUUAGUCUUAAGGCUGCCGUGCUCUUCGUCAUGAAGAAGCAGGCCAAGAAGGUGCUGAAGAAGGAGGAGGAGGAGGUCCUGUGUUGCUGCGAGUAUGUGAACAGGCAUGGAGAGCGCAGUCACGUCGCAGCUUGUUGCUGUGACUGCGAGGACCUGGACGAUGCCUGCGACCGGUUCAUGAAGAGGGAGCCUCAGAAACCUGAAUCCUUGUCACAGAUAGCUGAAGUCRUCUCAGACCGGAUCCGUGUCCCCUGGCUGCGGGGCGGAGCCCAGAAACUAGACCUGUCCAUCAUCCCUCCUCUUAUUCUCCUUCCUGCCUUGCUGCACCUCGCUGCGCUCCACUUCCUGCUGGGCCUGGUGGUUCUGACGGCACUGCCCGUCUUGGUCUUGUGGUAUUACUACUUCACCCACCGCAAGAAGGGUCGGACACUGUUCUUCCUCAGCCUGGCGCUCUUCUCCCUGGGCUACAUGUACUACCUGUUCAUCUGGGAGGUGGUCCCGCAUGGCGGGGUGGGGCAGGUGGAGGUGGUGGGUGUGAGCUCAGGAGUCAUCCUCACCCUGCUGGCUCUCCUCCGCACCAAGAGGGGUCCCGGCAUCGUUCGGCCGAACGACGAGGCCAUCCACAGCACGGUGACGUAUCACAGCCCUCUGCCAGACAGAGACUCCGCCCUCGACGGCGGGAGCCAGAACGUCUCGAUGACUGCGACCAGCCGGGCGGGGCCGUCGGAGCAGGACGGGUCAGAGCUGAGUGGAAGCAGCCGGAGGAGCUGGUGCUCGGUGUGCGGGGUGGUGCGUCCUCCGAGGGCGGGACACUGUCGGAUCUGUGGCGUCUGUGUGCUGCGUCUCGACCAUCACUGUGUCUGGAUAAACAGCUGUGUGGGACAGGCCAAUCACCGCAGCUUCCUGCUCACGCUCAUCUUCUUCCUGAUGACGUCGCUGUACGGCAUCAGCCUGGUGCUGCGGAGCGUGUGUCCCCGGCAGCACCUCCUCACCGCCUUACUCUACUGCCCUGGAGUUUACAACCAGUACAGCACRGCCCUUUGCUUCACCUGUGCGUGGUACAGCAGCGUCGUGAGCGGCGGGCUGCUCCACCUGCUGCUGGUGCAGCUCGUCAACAUCAGCCACAACGUGACGGAGCGGGAGGCGCGGGCGGCCCUCAGAGAGAGGACUGCACGCAGGGCCUGCUGGGGGMUCGUGGUGGACACCGGCGCUUACUCUCGAGGUCUGCGCGGGAACUGGUCCGACUUCAUGUCCAUGGGAGACAAACUGACGUCCGCUCGUCCUGCAGAUCCAGUCUGAGGCGUGUCUCCUGGCAGCAGUGCUGCCGUCGUCCACUAGAUGGCAGCUGUGCUUCAGAUCAUUUGUCUGUCAGCUGCUCUGACACUUAACAGCUUCACUGCCAGWGAACAAUUUGAAAUGUUCUGUUUGUUUUGUGAACCUGUUUGUGUCAAACACUACUCUGCCUUUGCACAUUGUGCCGUGGAUAUUUAUGACAGAUGAAUGAAAUAUCUGAGCGCCGGGCUAAUGGAGGUACUCUCUUAAUUCAGUUCUUAUUUUUAUUGUCAACACACUCCUACAUGAAAGCCUUUUAGAUUGAUCAAACAGGCAGAUAAAUCAGCACAAAUUUCAGCUGAAGGAAAAAAUCUUUUGCUGCUUUCCACUGCCGAUGCUUUUUGCUUUAAGAGAACUCCAAGGUCGAUUUUAUUUAUAUAAAACACAACUUGUUGCUGUCCCAAAGUGUUGAACAUAUACUGCAAUAAAAAACAAUUAUUAAUACAAAGACAGAAUUGUAUGAAGUAUGGCAGCUAUACUGUAACAUUCCAAGCCUUUCAUAGCAUUAUAAAUGUAUUAGUUGAGAGACUGUAGAAUUUCUAUAAAUUAAAUUAAAUUUAUUUUGAUAAAUAAAUCUGAGAAACGAG